AUGGUGAUUGAGAAGAAGCUGGUCGUGGAGACUGUCUUUGCGCUCAUCGUCAUCAACAAGGCUGGAGGCUUAAUCUACAACCGCACAUUCCACGAGGGUGGCCUCAACCAACUGAGUACAAAUGACUACCUCGUGCUAGCAGGAACAUUUCACGGCGUCCACGCCAUCACCGCUCGUCUCAACCCCCUGAUGAGCCGGCAAGACGCAGCGGCGGCAGCGACGGCAGCUAGCGUAACGGCGGCGGGUGGCAUCCCGACACGGCCGGAGCCGCCGACGGGGCUGGAGGUCAUGGAGACGGAGAACUUCCGGUUGCAGUGUUUCAACACCAUGACGGGCACCAAGUUCCUGCUCUUCACCGACACGACACAGACCAAUAUCGACGUGACCUUGCGGAGGAUAUACGACCUUUACAGCGACUACGUCAUGAAGAACCCCUUCUACCAAUUGGAAAUGCCAAUUCGAUGCGAAAUGUUUGAGCGCAAGCUGCUGUCGUACAUCAGGGAGAUCAACAAUCGAUAG